GGCAGCAGCGGCGUCGAUUCGCGGCGUUAGUUUUGAUUUUUCUGCUAUGCUGAGUUAGAGUUUAUCAUGUAUGGAGUACAUUCGAACUAUUUGAAAACAACGGCUGCGGUCGGGGUGUGGCUGACUGAGGAAGAUGUUCGAGAGAGAGUCAACCUGAGGCGCCAAAAUCUCGCUGAUGUCCGAUCAUUGUCUCUUCCUGGAACUUAUGAAAAGAUAACUCAUUUAGGAAACUCCCUGAAAAAAUUUGUUUGUUUGAAGUAUCUUGACCUCUCACGCAAUGCACUGACUACACUGGAGGGCCUUCAACAUCUCACAUACUUAGAAAAGCUCAAUCUCUACUUCAAUCAUAUCUCCUCCUUAUCAGAAGUGUUACGGCUCUACAGUUUAACUGCACUCCAAGAUGUGGAUCUCCGACUGAAUCCUGUUGUUAAAAAUGAAUCAGAUUAUCGCCUUUUUGUUGUACAUAUGCUUCCUAAACUCAGACGGUUAGAUGAUUGCCCUGUAAGAGAAAGUGAGCGAAAAGCAUCUCUUUUGCAUUUUACCUCAGAUCACGCUUAUAAAUUCAAGAAAUCUUCAAUUUUAGCAAGAGGAAUUGAACCUGGCAGGUCUGUCCUUCCAAGAGUUGAAUAUAUUAACUCUAUGUCAAAAAAAUGCCUGGCAAUGGAUGAAGAUGAUGAAGCAGUCUUAAAUGUUAUAGCAAAAUGUGAGUGGGACUUAAGAAAGCAUGCAGGAAUAACUGGAUCAUCUAAAAAGGACCCUAAAGUAGAGCUUCACAAUUUAAAAAGUAUUUAUGAAAUGAAAGAGAAUGCUAAGAAGAAGUGGAAAUCAGAAUUCUCCCUUCCCCAGUUUCUCUUAUUACAAAAGAAAUGGAAACAGGAACAUUUGUUCCAGAAUACCCUGUCAGAAAACAGAAAUACACUGAAAGGGAGAACAACUGAUAAAGGAAUGAAUGAAUCAUUAAUCAUUUCACAGAAACUGGCUGGACCUGAUCAGAAAGCAUCUGAAUCCAAAGAACAGAGGUUUAAUUGCAGAGGUGUGACUUACAGCUUCCAUCCUGCAUCUGGCCCUCCAGAGCUCCUGCAUCUGUGGUUUGUCAUGCCUCAGACUUAUUGCAGAAGAAACAAGCUGCUCAGUGCUUCCUAAAGGAAUAGCUAGAUUUGGCAAAGCCAGCACAAGAGCAAGCUGCAGACACAUACAGACAAGAGGGGUACAAGAUUGUCGAAGGGGAUUUGACGCGGUUUUCUACAAAGCAUUUGCUUUCCACCUGUCCUUCCAGGAAGCUGGA